AUGGUGUGUAGCGGCCUGAAGGUGGCUGUAGCCACGUAUAAUCUUUAUUGGUGGUGUGUCUCCGACAAGUUCGGGAAUUGCCCACAAUUUGCAUAUGGCAGGGGCUUCCAGCAGCUGUACCAACGAAUUGCUUCGAACCCUGUGGACCUAUUUGGCUUCCAAGAGUGUGACGAUGUGGAGCAAGUGAUGGCUGGUGCUGGACUCGCCAACUUCGGUUACUACUCCACGCCGGGGGGAAAUGAUGCCCCGAUGGCCUGGAGCUGGGACAGGUUCAAAGUCGUCGAGGGGCCGGCCAGCGAAUGGAUCACACAAGAUACAUACAGUUCAAGAUGGUUGAAUUGGGUUCGACUUCAGGAGCACAGCAGCAAUACCAUUGUUUUCUUCGCCAACACCCAUGGCCCCCUUGGCCAGUGUGCAGGUGAGCGUGGACAGCAGGUGGCAGAUGCAUACAUGAGAUCGAUGUGGAAGCACAUCAAGAAAAACGAUGUCGUGAUCUUCACAGGAGAUUUCAACUGCAGGAUCUGGGAUCAGACGCUGAUUUCUUUGCGUGAGGGUUUACAAGACACUGCUUGGGACAAUGUGUUUCAAGCAGCAGACCACAUCUUCACUAGUCAUGGUGUUGGACUUUGCAGCCAAGAGAGCAUUCUGGGUGCUCCUUCUGAUCAUCAGUUUCUGAAGGCGGUUCUGCUGCCGCAUGGAGGGCCAAAGCCGCCGCCAGUACCAAAUCACAACGCAACCAAGCCAGCUGCUCAUGACUGCCCGAAGGCUCCUUCCAAUGGACCUUGCUGCCACCACUGCAAAAGUAACCGAUUCUGCCCGGGCGAUAAAGGCUGCUAUGCAGAUGGUCAGCCAGGCUGCGCCACAGAAACAUGUGCCCCGAACUCUGCCGAGCUGCUUUUGUGA